ACCGAGCCCGGGCCGCGGGCGGCGUGGGAGCGACUUCGCCCUCCGUCCUGCCAAAUUCGCAUGAGAAAAGGGCACGGUUUUUCCGACGGGGAUUCCUGACUGCGGCUCUCCCGGCCGUGGCGGCGGAAGUACUCGCGCCGGAAAACCCGGCGCCCACGGCUAAGCCUUGGAAGUUUUGCUUUGGGCUGGGACCGCGCUGGUGUAGUCGCUGCCGGAUUUGCAGGCUUCCCCGCGCAGCUCUUUCCUCGUUCCCCCUGCCCCCACCUGCAGAAACGUGGCACCAUCUGACCUCGCGCCUGCUGUUCGUACUUGUAUCUGCUGAUCGCCCCGCGUGCAGCCGACCUCCAGGAGGGCUUUGCUUUGGGCACGAAGAUGCCCUCAGAAGUCUCCAGUUUACACUCCAGCAGAAGCCAGGCAGGAUGGCUGUGGACACAAGAAAGUCUGCUGGCCAGUUGUCCGAAGCCGGAUGGGUCAGCAGCAGGGGCCUGAGAUGGUGAAAGUGGAGUUGGAGGAGGACCACCCCAGGGAUCAGGCUCUCAGCCUUCCAGAGGACCAGCCCCCUGCUUGGGAGAUUUUCAGGCAACAGUUCAAACACUUCUGCUACCAGCGUUCCCUUGGACCCCGUCUGGCCCCGAGCCGGCUCCGGGAGCUCUGCCGUCAGUGGCUGCGGCCCGAGACGCACAGCAAGGAGCAGAUCGUGGAGCUGCUGGUGCUGGAGCAGUUCCUGACCAUCCUGCCCGAGGACCUGCAGGCCCGGGUGCGGGAGCGGCAUCCAGAGAGCAGAGAGCAGGCAGUGACCAUGCUGGAGGAUCUGGAAAGAAAGAGAAAUGUACAAGUAGGAAGACACUGGUCUGAUAUGGUUGCGGAAAGCUUGGAACAAAACAUUCUCAGUUGUGGAACUCAGAGAACAAUGGGAAAACCCAGCAUUCAGCAGGGAACUGAGCUUCUUGCUAAGCCAGCCCAGUAAAGAGGGAAGGCGGGGAACAGCAGAUUCCUGGAUGGUGAGCAAGGAUACUGAAGGCAUUCUGUAUUUCAGAGAGAAUGAGGAGCAUCAUGCUCCUUACUUUACAGGUCACUCAACUCACAGCAACAAAGAAGUAGGUGAAAUCAUUCCCAAUUUGCACACAUGGAAAACUAAGUUCAGAGAGGUUGGGUAACUUGGCCAAGACCACACAGCCAACAGUGAAAUGACAGAAACAACACCUGAUCGAAUUUUGCUUUCUGGCUGCUUCUCAGUGCCCCAGAAGGUGUAAACCCAUGCUCUGGAACAGGAAAUCCUUUUGCAGACAGUGACCCUUCAGACACUAGAUGAAGAAUCUUCAUACACAUGGGUUCAGCCCCCAGUGAUCCAGUUCAAGGGCAAAGGACCUGAGCCCCAACCAUCAGAGGAAGGAGGUGAGGCAAGAAUUUCUCUAGGGAAUUUGGACUGAAAUGACCUCUGAGUUGAAUUUUUUUUGGAGUGUGACACUAAUUCCUUGUGACAAGGGUUAUUGAAGAACAUGACAAAGGUGACAUUUAGGGUAAUAAUGAUUAAAAGGUAGUAAGUCCUUUCAGAGCAGCUUCAGCAUGGUCAGUUUUAAAUAUCCAUAUUUGAAUUUUCUACAUAUGGUCUAGUAGCGAAUGUUAUUUCAAGUAUUUUGAUGCUUACAUCCUUCAGUAGAUACAGAUAGGAUAUUAACACUGUAAAACUGUACUGACUUUCCUGAAAGUUACCCUUUAUUAUUACCAGAGAAGUAUAUAUGCAUUGUACAAAGUUAGAAAAUACAUAAAAGCAACAUAAGAAA